AGUGAGUAUUUUUUCUGUUUUGUUUUUAUUUAUUUUAUUUUAUUUUAUUUUAUUUUUUUAUGAUGGAGUCUCGUUCUGUCACGCAGGCUGGAGUGCAAUGGCACAAUCUCUGCUCACUGCAACCUCCACCUCCAGUGUUCAAACGAUUCUCCCGCCUCAGCCUCCCGACUAGCUGGGACUACAGGCACACCCCACCACACCUGGCUAAUUUUUGUAUUUUUAGUAGAGAUGGGGUUUUACCAUGUCGGCCAGGCUGGUCUCAAACUCCUGACCUCAGAUGAUCCACCUGCCUUGGCCUCCCAAAGUGCUGGGAUUACAGGCAUGAGCCACCAUGCCUAGCGUUUUUUAACUUAAUUUUAUUGAACCUUGGCCACCCUCUCUGUGCCAGUCAAUGAGUCAAAUAGUUGAUUAUACAGAAUAACCUAAGUUCCUAUGUGUGCAACCACCCUACAUAAUUUUAAAGCAAAUUAUAUAGAUUAUAAUAUAAUAUAAAAUACAUAAAGAUUAUAUUUUAUCCAGAAAUAAGAAACUAUAUGUAUCUCUUGGAGAUACAAUUUUUCUUUUUUUUUUUGAGACAGAGUCUCAAUCUGUUGCCCAGGCUGGAGUGCAGUGGUGUCAUCUCAGCUCUCUGCAACCUCUGCCUUCUGGGUUCAAACUAUUCUCCUGCCUGGAGAUACCUAUUUUUUUAACAUAAUUAUUUACACCUAAGAAAUUAGUUCUUAAUGGCCGGGCGCAGUGGCUCAUGCCUGUAAUCCCAGCACUCUGGGAGGCUGAGGUGGGUGGAUCACCUGAGGUCAGGAGUUCACGAUCAGCCUGGGCAACAUGGCGAAACCUCAUCCCUACUAAAAGUACAAAAUUAGCCAGGCAUGGUAGCACAUGCCUGUAAUCCCAGCUACUCGGGAGUCUGAGGCAGGAGAAUCGCGUGAACCUGGGAGGCAGAGGAUGUGGUGAGCCGAGAUCAUGCCAUUGCACUCCAGCCUGGGCAACAAGAGUAAAUCUCCAUCUCACCAAAAAAAAAAAAAACAAAAAAAGAGUUCUUAAUAUCUAAUAAGCAAUCUCCUGCACAAUGUGUAACUUCUCCCUGUGUUGGGACCUGCUCUUUCACGCUGAUCAUGAUGGUAGUUGUAAGUCAUUUAAGUAGGCCAAGUUGAGAGCUGUUCUUCAUGGUGCCCCCAAAAGAAUUGCCACACAAUAACAGCCCAGAAUAUCUCCAACAGACUCGUCAACAGGGACCUAGCUAGCAUGACCAGCUGGAACACUCUCGUGGCUGAAUUGGUGUGUCCUCAAAACCUUUCAAAUGGCCGGGGUGUGGUGGCUCACGCCUGUAACCCUAGCACUUUGGGAGGCCCAGGCGAGUGGGUCAUGAAGUCAGGGAUUCAAGACCAGCCUGGCCAAGCUGGUGAAACCCCAUCUCUUCUAAAAAUACAAAAAAAUUAUAAAAAUACAAAAAUUAGCCACGUGUGGUGGUGCGUGCCUGUAAUCCCAGCUACUGGGGAGGCUGAGGCAGGAGAAUCACUUGAACCUGGGAGGUGGAGGUUGCAGUGAGCUGAGAUCACACCACUGUACUCCAGCCUGGGCGACAGAACGAGACUCCAUCCCCAAAAAACAAAAACAAAACUUCAAAUGGUUACAAAUUUGUCUGAUGCAUUCACAUGAGCAGGGAUGAUUCUUGUAUGGAGAAAAAUGGCCCCAGAGAUAGAUCUUGUGAAAUAGCUGCUCAUGAAGAAAAGUGGCUGUAGGGGCUGGGCGCGGUGGCUCACGCCUGUAAUGCCAGCACUUUGGGAGACCGAGGCAGGCAGAUCACCUGAGGUCGGGAGUUCCAGACCAGCCUGACCAACAUGGAGAAACCCCGUCUCUACUAAAAAUACAAAAUGAGCCAGGCGUGGUGGUGCGUGCCUGUAAUCCCAGCUACUCUGGAUGCUGAGGAAGGAGAAUUGCUUGAACCCAGGAGGUGGAGGUUGCUGUGACCCGAGAUUGUGCCAUUGUACUCCAGCCUAGGCAACAAGAGCGAAACUCCGUCUCAAAAAAAAAAAAAAAAAAAAGUGGCUGUAAACAGGACCUUAGUGCACACACAGGGAGCUUGAGGGAUCGUGGGAGGUUAUGGCGUGGGUCGGAAGUAGCAAAGAACUUAAACACCAUGAAAAAAAAAUUUUUUUUUUGAGACGGAGUCUUGCUCUGUUGUCCAGACUGGAGUGCAGUGAUGUGAUCUCUGCUCACUGCAACCUCCACCUCCCGGUUCAAGCAAUUCUCCUGCCUCAGCCUUCCAAAAAGCUGGGAUUACAGGUGCUUGCCACCACACCCAGCUAAUUUUUUGUAUUUUUAGUAGCGAUUUAGAGAGUAGUUUCACCAUGUUGGCCAGGCUGGUCUUGAACUCCCUGACCUCAGGUUAACCAUCCACCUCGGCCUCCCAAAGUGCUGGGAUUACAGGCAUGAGCCACCACACCCAGCCAACACCAUGAAAAUUUCAAAUGAAACAGGACGGCCAGUGAAAAGUCAAGGUGCUGGACUCCUUGAGUCCAGCUGCCCCAUUCCGCCCAGGGUUUGCCACCAGCGCCAGUGUUUCCUGUACAUUCCUUUAGAGAUAGCUCAUGCAUCUAGAAGUAUUUGUAAAUAUAUUGAUCUGAUUGGAUAUGGUGCCCGUUUGCUCACACAGCCCCUGCCACACUGGCCUCUUCAGUGCACAGGAACUGUGAGCAAAUGAGGUAUUUCAACACACCAGGCUGGCUCCAACCCCGGAUCCUUUACACUUGCCGUUUGCUCGACCUGGAAUGUUUGGCCACCAGCUGUCCACAAGCUCACCCCUCACUGCCUUCAGGUCUUCAUUUAGCGAGGCCUUCUCUGACCACUCAGCCUUCACCUUCAGCUCCUCCCUCUUUGUGCCCCUUUACUCCUUUUGUUUCUUUCUCUUUUUUCAAUUUUUAUUUAUUUUUUAAUUUUUGGAGACGGAGUCUCUCUGUCACCAGGCUGGAGUGCGGUGGCGCAAUCUCAGCUCACUGCAACCUCAGACUCCCUGGUUCAAGCAAUUCUUCUGCCUCAGCCUCCCAAGUAGCUGGGAUUACAGGCACGCGCCACCACGCCCAGCUAAUUUUUGUAUUUUUAGUAGAGACGGGGUUUCACCAUGUUGGCCAGGAUGGUCUCCAUCUCCUGACCUUGUGAUCCACCCAGCUCGGCUUCCCAAAGUGCUGGGAUUACAGGUGUGAGCCACCAUGCCUGGCCUUGUUUCUUAAGCACUUACCGCUAACAUGCCAAAUGUUAUCCUUCAUCAUUGCACCACUGGAAUGUAAUUUCCAUGCGGGCAGAUUUGGAAAUAUAUAUUUAAUUCCCCUUUUCAGCUUUUUUUUUUUUUUUUGAGAUAAGGUCUUACUCUGUCACCUAGGCUGGCAUGUAGUGGCAUAAUCUCAGUUUACUGCAGCCUCCGCCGCCCAGACUCAAGCCAUCCUCCUACCUCAGCCUCCCAAGUAGCUAGGACCACAGGCAUGGACCACCACACUCGGCUAGUUUUUUGUUUGUUUUUGAUAGAGACGGGGUUUCACCAUGUUGCCCAGGCUGGUCUCAAACUCCUGAGCUCAGGUGAUCUGCCCGCCUUAGCCUCCCAAAGUGCUGGGAUUACAGGCCUGAGCCACCGCACACCAGCCUGCUUUUUUUCCAAAUGUUCUAAUCUUUCUCAUUUUAUUAUUUUUUUUUUUAAUUUUUUUUUGACACAAGACCUCACUCUGUCACCCAGCCUGGAGUGCAGAGGCCUGAUCACAGCUCACUGCAGCCUUCAACUCCCAGGCUCAAGAGAUCCUCCCACCCCAGCCUCUCCAGUAGGUGGGACUACAGGCAUACGCCACCACACCCAGCUAAUUUUUGUAUUUUGUAGAGAUGGAGUUUGCCCAUAUUGCCCAGGCUGAUCUCCAACUCCUGGGCUCAAGUGAUCCUCCUGCUUCAGCCUCCCAAGGUGCUGGGAUUACAGGCAUGAGCCACCGCACCCAGCCCAGCUGUUAAUCUUAUUGAUGAUUAAUUAUAUGUGAUGGGUCACUUGUCAGUUGCUGCUUUCAAGGUUCUCUUUUUAUCUUUCAAUAAUUUGAUUAUGAUAUGUCUGGUGAUGGAUAUCUUUGAGUUUAUCCUAUUUGAAGAUUGUUGAGCUUCUUGGCUCUAGAUUGAUGGGUUUUUUCAUCAAAUUUUGGGAGUUUUCAGCCAUUCUUUCUUCAUAUAUUCUUUUUUACCCCUUCCUUUUUGUCCUCUCCUUCUGGGACUCCCAUUAUUUGAUGAUGUCUCACAGGUCUCUGAAGUUCUGUUCACUUAUCUUCGUGCUUUUUUCUUUCUGUUCCUUAAACUUGAUCAUCUCAACUGAUCUAUACUCACAUUCACCGAUCUUUUCUUCUGCCUACUCAAAUCUGUUGUUGAGCCCUCUAUUCCUCUAUUGAAUUUUUUCUUUUUUUUUUUUUUUUUGACACGGAGUCUUGCUCUGUCGCCCAAGCUGGAGUGCAGUGGCACAAUCUCGGCUCACCGCAACCUCCACUUCCCGAGUUCAAGUGAUUAUCCUGCCUCAGCCUCCCAAGUAGCUGGUACUACAGGCGCAUGCCACCAUGCCUGAUUAAUUUUGUGUAUUUUUAGUAGAGACAGGGUUUCACCAUGUUAGCCAGGAUGGCCUCGAUCUCCUGACCUCGUGAUCUGUCCAUCUCGGCCUCCCAAAGUGCUGGGAUUACAGGCAUGAACCACCACGCCCGGCCCAUUUGAAUUUUUUCAUUUUAGUUACUGUACUUUUCAAGUCCCAAAUUUCUGUUUAGUUCUUUUAAAAUAAUUUCUGCUUUUAGGCCAGGCAUGGUGGCUCACACCUGUAAUCCCAGCACUUUGGGAGGCCAAAGUGGGAGGUUCACUUGAGGUCAGGAGUUCAAGACUAGCCUGGCCAACACUCCAUCUCAAAAAAAAAGACAGUAUUCUUUAGCAUGUGUUCCGCUAAUGAUUGGACAAAGAUUUCCUUAGCCUCCAAAAACCAAUAAUCUCCUAGCCUUUGCUGCGGCAUGGUGGGCCAUGCUUUCGACAUUCAGCCAGGCAAUUGACAACUCUGCCUUCGCCACUACUUCUCCCAGGAAGGCACACAUCCUCAAGGUCAGCCCAAUGUAAGAAGACUGGGUUCUCAUCUCUGGUCUUUCUUGAGCCUGCAUAUACUCCUGGGCAUGCACACAACCCUAUGCAUGCAUGUGACCUAGAUUUCCAAGAAUAUUUUGGAGUUUUUCAAAGCCUUCUCAUUCCCCAGCUUUAUCUUUUAAACUUUUUCAUUACCCUAUUAUUGGCCUCAACUGUUAUUCAUUGCUUAGGCAGCUGCCUAGUUAAACAAUUGCAUGCAAUUGUGUUUCACAAAUGCCCCUGGGGAAAUAAUUUUGAUGAUGUAUGAGCUCUAAGUUAGGUCAAAUACAGACAACAUUGCAAGUAGGGGCUUCCAGGGAACCACAAGACGAAUCAAAUAAUUCUGACUUUCUGGGAGUGAGGCUUUUAAGGAGUUUCAUCCUCUUCUGCCCCGUUUGGUGUAUGCCAGGCUGCUAGUUUCCACUGAGAAUGCUGGCAGUUAAUAUUCAAGGCUACCAUGGAGCUGGAGUGGGGGAAUGGAACUAGGCCAAUUAAAAAUGUCACAAAGUAUAAAAAUUAGCCGGGUGUGGUGGUGGGCGCCUGUAAUCCUAGCUACUCGGGAGGCUGAGGCAGGAGAAUUGCUUGAACCUGGGAGGCAGAGUUUGCAGUGAACUGAGAUUGCGCCACUGCAUUCCAGCCUGGGCGACAGUGAGACUCUGUCUCAAGAAAACAAAAAUAAAAAUAAAUUUUAAAAAAGUCAUAAAGUUCACUGCUCUUACUAAGAUUCAGCUGCUUUUCUUGAAUAAACACUUUACAGAUUUUUGUUGUUGUUGUGGAGACAGAGCCUCACUGUCACCCAGGCUGGAGAGCAAUGGCACGACCUCAGCUCACUGCAACUUCUGCCUUCGAGGUUCAAGCGAUUAGCUCCUGCCUCAGCCUCCUGAGUAGCUGGGAUUACAGGCACUUGCCACCACGACUGGCUAAUUUUGUAUUUUUAGUAGAGAUAGGGUUUCACCAUGUUAGUCAGCCUGACCUCAGGUGAUCCCCCCACCCUGGCCUCCCAAAGUGCUGGGAUUACAGGCGUGAGCCACCGCGACUGGCCAAAAAAACUAUUUUAAAAUCUAAAGUGGGUUGACUAAAACCAAAUUAACCAUUUUAAUCGGAAAACAUCUCAUGUAUCUUAUUACCAAACCAGUGCCUUGACGAUGGGAUUUUCAGUGUCAUUUGCCAAAUUCGCAGGCACCGCAGUGGGGAGCCACUGCUCCCACAGCAGAGGCAAUGAAUGGCCUAGCCUUGGGGUUGAGAAGUUCUGGGGACGGUGUCGGGGGGCCUGGGCCACCAUUUUUGCAUGUGGAGCCAGCCCUGCGCUGCGAGGGCGUGGCAUCGGAGAGACCGUGGCCUCGUGGGCAGCAUCGGCGGCCCCUGGGGACACGCGCUGGCUCAGGCCCCACCUCCGCCAGGGAAGCGGUCUGAUGAUACCCAUUUCGCAGAUGGGCAAAUCCACAAGCCAAGUCGCGCCGCCCAGAAGAGGCAGAACUGGGAUUUGAACCUAGGUUUCUCAUUCUGCACCUGAAGAAAUAAAUGUCUGCUUGGUCCAUGCAUGUGUUGGGGGGUGAUGGGGACUUUUCUUCAACCAAGCCCGGUGUGCCCCCUCUCAUUUUCUAGCACGUUCUUCUCCCCCAUCUUUGCACUUAUCUCAGACUCCCCUCACACACCUAUCCUGGGUGCCAUCCUUUCCCUCAGCCCACCGCCCAUGUAGUCAGCCUCCUAAGCACCCCUUCCACCUGUCCCCUCAUCUCCCCACUGCUCUGCCUCAGUCCAGCCCUGGCCUUGGCAGGGGUCCCUGCCUGGGCCUCCCCACGGGCUCCCGGCCUCACAGAGGAGCAGCCACCUGUGCAAGGUCACACAGCAGGAGAGACACUUUUGGGAUUCAGGACCCAUCUGUGGGUCCGAAGUGGAUUUUUUGUUUGUUUGGUUUUGGAGACAGGGCCUGGCUCUGUCACUCAAGCUGGAGUGCAAUGGCACGAUCUUGGCUCAUUGCAACCUCUGUCCCCCAGGUUCAGCCAUCCUCCCACCUCAGCCUCCCAAGUAGCUGGGACCACAGGCAUGAGCCUGGCUAAUUAUUUUUGUAUUUUUUGUAGAAACGGGGUUUCACUAUAUCACCCAGUCUGGUCUCAAACUACUGAGCUCAAGCGAUCUGCCUACCUCAGUUUCCCAAAGUGCUGGGAUUACAGGCCUGAGCUACCACGCCCCGCCCUGAUUUGGAUCUUGCUCCUACUCCCAGGAAGGCCCAUGUCCUAGCAAGAGAGACACCAGGUGGUGCGCACGCCCCUCCACCUCCAACUCCUCCACCACCAACAGAGCCUGGGACCCAGGGGCCAUGGGUCCUACACAAUCUGGAUGAUGGCGUCUGCGGCAGCAGCGGAGGCCGAGAAGGGAUCUCCAGUUGUGGUGGGCCUGCUAGUUGUGGGCAAUAUCAUUAUUCUGCUGUCAGGCCUGGCCCUGUUUGCUGAGACCAUAUGGGUGACAGCCGACCAGUACCGUGUAUACCCACUGAUGGGAGUCUCAGGCAAGGAUGACGUCUUCGCUGGUGCCUGGAUUGCCAUCUUCUGCGGCUUCUCCUUCUUCGUGGUAGCCAGUUUUGGUGUGGGCGCCGCACUCUGCUGCCGCCGGUCCAUGGUCCUCACGUACCUGGUGCUCAUGCUCAUCGUCUACAUCUUCGAGUGCGCCUCCUGCAUCACGUCCUACACCCACCGUGACUACAUGGUGUCCAACCCAUCCCUGAUCACCAAGCAGAUGCUAACCUUCUACAGCGCGGACACCGACCAGGGCCAGGAGCUGACCCGCCUCUGGGACCGCGUCAUGAUUGAGCAAGAAUGCUGUGGCACAUCUGGUCCCAUGGACUGGGUGAACUUCACGUCAGCCUUCCGGGCAGCCACUCCGGAGGUGGUAUUCCCCUGGCCCCCACUGUGCUGUCGCCGGACGGGAAACUUCAUCCCCCUCAACGAGGAGGGCUGCCGCCUGGGGCACAUGGACUACCUGUUCACCAAGGGCUGCUUCGAACACAUCGGCCACGCCAUCGACAGCUACACGUGGGGUAUCUCGUGGUUUGGGUUUGCCAUCCUGAUGUGGACGCUCCCGGUCAUGCUGAUAGCCAUGUAUUUCUACACCAUGCUCUGAGGGACAGGAGGGGAAGGCAACAUACACACCCCGGACUCCUCUGCAUCCUCCUCCUGCUUCCUCCGCUGGGGCCUGGAUGGCUGCCUCACCUCUCACCUCCCAACCUCCCUAGCCCUUACGUCCUUCCGCUUCCAAGAUCUUUUUCCAGGUUCCUGAGCCCUACUGUGUCUCGGGUGCGCCCUGAAACCCCAGGGCUUGUGUGCACGUAUCCUUAGCCCAUCUUUCAAGGGACCUCUCCAUGAUCCCACCUCCCAUUCACAGAUACCUCUCUUGUAGCUCUCUGACCUCCUCCUUCAUGGCAGGCAUCGCCAUUCUUGCUGAACAGUUUGUGAUUGCCAUUUGAGCUCUGGAAGCCUCUAUUGCCGUGAGAGUUCUGCCACGGUCACUUUACUGUCCCCAUCAUCACCCAGCACGGGGCUAAGCAUAUACUAGAUAGUCAAUAAAUAAAUAAAUAAAUAAAUAAAUAA